AUGGCAGCUGAGAAUUCUUCUGUGACAGAAUUUACCCUCGCAGGCUUAACAGACCAGCCUGGACUCCAGAUCCCUCUCUUUUUCCUGUUUCUAGGUUUCUACAUGGUCACUGUAGUGGGGAACCUGGGCUUGAUAACCCUGAUUGGGUGGAAUGCUCACUUGCACACCCCCAUGUACUUUUUCCUCUUCAAUCUCUCCUUAAUAGAUUUCUGUUACUCCACUACCAUCACUCCCAAAAUGCUGAAGAGUUUUGUCUCAAAGAAGAACACCAUCCUGCAUUCAGGGUGUAUGACUCAGCUCUUUUUCUUCUGCUUCUUUGCCAUCUCUGAGUCCUUCAUCCUGUCAGCAAUGGCGUAUGACCGCUACGUCGCCAUCUGUAGACCACUGUUGUACACAGUCACCAUGUGUCCUCAGAUCUGUUUACUCCUUUUGUUGGGUGCCUACGGGAUGGGGUUUUUAGGGGCCUUGGUCCAAACAGGCAGCAUAGGAAGUCUGACCUUCUGUGCCGAUCACCUUGUCAAUCACUUCAUGUGUGACAUCUUUCCUCUCCUUGAGCUCUCCUGCAACAACACUUACGUGCAUGAGUUGAUGGUCUUCGUAGUUGUGGCCAUUGACAUUGGAAUUCCUAUUGCCACCAUCUUCGUCUCUUAUGCUUUAAUCCUCUCUAGCAUUCUCCACAUUCACUCCUCUGAGGGCCGGUCCAAAGCUUUCAGUACGUGCAGCUCUCACAUAAUUGUGGUUUCUCUUUUUUUUGGUUCUGGGGCUUUUAUGUAUCUCAAACCACCUUCUCUUUUACCCCUUGACCAAGGGAAAGUGUCCUCCCUAUUCUAUACCAUUGUGGUGCCCAUGUUAAAUCCACUGAUCUAUAGUUUGAGGAACACAGAUGUCAAAGUUGCCCUGAUGAAAACCUUGGGAAGAAAAAUAUUUUCUUGA